AUGGCAGUCGAAGAUUGGAAAUUGCUUGUUGAGAAGAAGCAGGCUGAAGUUUCAGCCCAAAUCCCUUCGUCCUGGCGUCUGGCAGCUGAGUAUACCGAUAUAUCGGAAACUGCCAGCAAGAAUGUGCUUGAUAUUCCCCGCCUUUGCGGGAUUAUGACCCCCAAGCAGUUGAAUAUAACCGAGAAUCACGACGCAACAUCACUCCUGCGGAAAAUUCAUCGACAAGAGCUGUCGGCCUUUGAGGUGACUGAGGCCUUUUGCAUUCGAGCAGCGAUCGCGCAGCAAGUGACACGAUGCUUGACCGAGAUGUUUUUUGACCAGGCUCUCGAGCGUGCAAAGGAGUUAGAUGAGCAUCUUUGUCGGACAGGCCAGCCGGUCGGACCGCUGCAUGGACUGCCAAUCAGCUUCAAGGACUGUUUCAAUGUCAAAGGCGUCUGCUCCACGAUUGGAUUUACUUCUUUCAUCAAGAAUGGCCCUGUUGAAUCCAACUCGGCCGCCGUCGAGAUCAUCGUCAGGCUUGGCGGCAUCCCUUAUGUGAAGACCAAUAUUCCACAGACCAUGAUGGCCGCUGACUCACACAAUUACGUGUUCGGUCGUGCGCUCAAUCCGCAUCGAUCAAACCUCAAUGCAGGUGGAUCAUCAGGCGGAGAGGGAGCAUUGAUUGCUAUGCGAGGCUCGGUACUUGGCAUUGGAACCGACAUUGCUGGAUCAAUUAGAAUUCCAGCUAUCUGCAACGGCACUUUCGCGCUACGCCCAUCGGUAGACCGAAUUCCGUAUGGUGGUCAGACCAGCUCUUCUCGAAAGGGUCUGCUUGGAAUCAGGGCAUGUGCUGGUCCUUUGGCCACCUCCGUUCGUGACUUGGAACUGGUCAUGAAAUGCAUGACAAAUUACGACCCGUGGAGUUUUGACUCGACGGCCAUAUAUUCACCAUGGCGCGAGGUGAAGCCUAAAGAGACCCUGAGAUUUGGUCUUAUCCAAGAAGACCCGCAUUUCCCUCUUCAUCCCCCUGUUUUGCGAACGCUCAAAGAAACCAGCGAAAAGCUGAGUCUUGCAGGUCAUGAGAUAAUUAAGUUAGAAACUCCAUCCAUCAAAGAUGCUUGCGCGCUGGCAUUCCGCAUGUUUGCAAUGGAUCCAUCCGGCACUGCAUUCCAGCACAUUGCUGCCAGUGGCGAGCCAACUAUACCAGCAUUAAAAUCGACUUCGCUGUCCCAUGAAUACAUGCAGUAUGAAUAUGCACCGUUGACACUGGAUGGUCUAUAUGAUUUGAAUCAGCAACGUAAUCAACUCAAGGAAGAAUUCCGGGAGAUCUUGGUGAAGUCGAAAGUGGAUGCAAUUAUCAUGCCUGGGUACCAGGGAACUGCCCAACCCCAUGAUGUAUUUGGAUUCGUACCAUAUACUGUACUUUGGAACGUUUUAGAUUACCCAGCGGCGAUUAUCCCACAUGGGAAGGCGAACAAGCUUGCUGAUGCCUCCUUCGUGCGAGACGUAGAGUACAAGCCGCCAUACAAAGCGGAUGCAGUGGAAGGCGCUCCUUGUUGCAUACAAGUUGUUGGUAGACAUAUGCGUGAAGAAGAGCUUGUUAAAGCCACGGAAAUUGUGGCUAUGGUUCUUGCAGAACAGUCUGUCUAG